AUGGUAGAGCAUGAGGCAUGUAUCUUCGGUAUCGAAGCGGUAAUUGACUUGAGAAUCAAAAUACUUGAGGUUUAUGGAGACUCAGCCCUCGUUAUCAGCCAAGUACGGGGAGAUUGGGAAACCCGCAAUCAAAAGUUGAUUCCAUACAAAGAACAUGUCCUGAAAUUGAUCCCUUACUUCGAUGAAAUAUCUUUUCAUCACAUCCCAGGGGAAGAAAAUCAAUUAGAGGACGCCCUUGCUACCCUAGCAUCCAUGUUCAAAAUCACUUGGAAGAAUCAGGUUCCUGCUAUCAGCAUUGACCGCCUGGAUGAGCCGGCAUACUGUCUGGCUACCAAGGAAGAGUCAAACAGCAAACCUUGGUACCAUGACAUCAAGACGUAUCUCGAAAAACAGGUGUACCCAGACAACGCAUCAAUCACGGACAAGAAAGCUUUGAGGAAGCUCUCAUAUAAGUUCUUCUUAAGUGGAGAUGUAUUGUAUAAGUGA